AUGCAGGUUUCCCGCUUUGCCGUCGCUUGCCCACUGGCCAUCAGUGCCGCCUGCGCGCAGGACACGCUCAUUUUAGCGUCGACAAGCGCCUCCGCAUCCGCAAGUGCCGUGAGCUCGGGCUCGGGCUCAAACGUCAAUGACAACGUUGACAACUCGGACGUCCUCCUAUCCAGCAACGCCGCCAGCGCUGCCUCCACAGGCGACACUUCGUUCGACAGCAGCACGGGUAGCACAGUCGACGCCGGCAGUGCGUCAAGCGACAUCUCCCUUGGCAACUCGUUCGCCGGCAGUGCCGGGUCUGGAGAUGACACCAAUGUCGGUUCGGUGGACUCGGCCAACACUACGGUCGGCAGCUCCAGCUUGGACACCGAGGCGACUAUUACUAGCACCUCGGCUUCUGCCGAUAGUGUCACUCAGUCGUCAGCCACGUCCACGAGCUCCAGCUCGGACAGUGACUCGAAGUCGUCGUCAUCGGAAUCAGCUUCCUCGGAAUCGGCAUCUUCGUCCUCCGGCUCUAGUAGCGCUUCGUCGAUUGCCGCCUCGUUCAGCGUCGCUGUGACCAGUGUCCUCGUUGCUGGCGCUUACUUCAUGUAG